AUGGGGGCUGAAAACCUCACCACUGUCAAAGAGUUCAUCUUGGUGGGACUCUCCAGCCACCGGAAGAUACAGAUCCUGCUCUUUGUGAUCAUCCUCAUCACCUAUUUAUUUACCGUGGUGGGGAAUCUGGUGAUCAUCCUGCUGGUGAAGGCUGACUCCCGGCUCCACACUCCCAUGUACUUCUUCCUCACCAACCUUUCAGGCCUAGAAAUUUGUUAUGUCACUACCAUUGUGCCCCAGGUGUUGGCUCACCUUCUGACUGGGCACGGGGUCAUCUCCUUCACCCAUUGUGCAGCUCAGAUGUAUGUGGCAUUGUCCUUGGGCAGCACCGAAGGUAUUCUGCUGGGUGCCAUGGCCUACGAUCGCUACUUGGCCAUCUGCCAUCCUCUGCUCUAUGCCGUUGCCAUGCACAAUUCAUGCCAAUUGCUCCUUGCCUCUGUUUCCUGGGCAGGUGGCUUCCUUCUCUCCAUUAUAAAUGUGGGCUGCACCUUUCGCUUCCCCUUCUGCGGCCCUAACCGUAUUAACCAUUUCUUCUGUGAGAUGCCAGUUGUGUUGCAACUCGCAUGUGCCGACAUCCGUGUUACUGAGGCGGUCAUUUUUGGGGCGGCUGUCCUCAUCCUGCUUGUUCCCCUGUCUGUUAUCCUAACAUCCUAUGGGCUCAUUCUGUCUUCUGUGUUGCGCAUGAAGUCAGCGGCUGGAAGGAGCAAGGCCUUCUCCACAUGUGCUUCCCACCUGAUGGUCGUCUCCUUGUUCUAUGGUACUGUCAUCACAAUGUACAUGAGGCCCCGCUCAGGCACAACACCAGACUUUGAGAAGAGACUUGCCAUCUUUUACAUCAUAGUCACCCCACUACUCAACCCUAUUAUUUACACUCUACGGAACAAGGACAUACAUGGGGCAGCAGCCAAGUUCCUGGGAAGACGGGGGCCUGGGACAAAAGGAUGA